GCUCAGGGACCCCCAGAGGAACACGAUUUCAAUACCUGAAGAUUCACACGGCUAGGAGACUAGGACCGUUCUCGCCGUUACAAUUAACGGCGACUAUGCGUGAAAAAGGGUAAACGCACUUAGACGUUAAGGCUAACGGCUAUUAUUCCUUCGCAAUUAUUGUGCUCAAGCCUCCACCUCCUCCUAGCGUCCACUCCUUAACCUUGCCGAACUAGGCCCCGGAAUCUCGAACCGGAAAAUGAACUCGAUUCGAGAUAAACAGGUGACUUUCGGAAUUUAGAUCUGAGCUACUAGAAUUCGUUGCCAGAGUUGGAUGGGUGGUGAAAGAUAGAUAUGUUGUAUAAUAAAAAUGGUGUAGUACUGAUCAUGUAGUUUAUAUUGGUUUGCUGGAUCGAUGGAGAUGGGGAGCUUUAGGCCAGAGUUACAUGUAGCACAACAAAGCCGGCGUGAUAAGUUGAGAGUUCCGCAGGUUCACCAUUUACAAGAUUUCCCUCAUGACCAUUUGGAACACCCGCACCCGCACCCGCGGCUAAACCAAGAUCUUCUUCAAGUUCGGAACGUUAAUAACGCCAAUAAUUUGCUUUACGACCCAGCAGCUGCAUAUUCCUCGGAAAUAAUCAAUUUUUCGACCAAGUCAAAUAUUUUAGCAGCGCAACGAGAUAGAGAUAUAAUGGUGCGUCAAGAAAUAGAUGCAACUCAAAUUGUAGCUGACCAGGAUGCUCCGUUUGCCAAUUGGUCUCUACCACUACCAGUCUCAUCCAACAUCAAUGCUUUGUCUAAAUCCCCCAUUGAACCACAGAAUUGUGGUAACUGGAAAGGUUCACAGCAAAGCUUUGAUUGGGUGGUGAGUUAUGCGAGUGGUGAAAGUAAUAUUAUUUCAAGUCCUAUGUUUUUCGGGGAAGUAAGUAACAUGUCUGCGUAUCCACAAUGUCUGAAACCAGCUGGUUACAAUGGAUUUCAAGAUCAUGUUCGGUCUUCUUUGAAAAAUAGUCUCCAGGAGUUGGAAAUGGUUUCACAUGUUGAGCAGAAUAUCAGAGGCACUGGCCGUGGUGCAUGGGCAGAUGGUGGGAAUAAGCUUGCUACACUUCCAGCUUAUGAAAAUGAGUCAGACGUGUUAUGUUUUGACAAUGCUGGUGCUUGGAGUGGUGAAUUGGGUUGUGCUGCCAGCAAGAGUAGUCCUGGUGAAGAUCAGUUGAGGAAUGUUGUGGGUGAUUCUAAUCAGCAGGGUCUAUCUCUAUCGCUUUCAUCAUCAAAUCCAACUCUGAAACUGCCCGUAGCUCAGUUUGGAGAGGGAUGUGGGUCUCAAGAUUUACACUCAUCAAGAACUGCUGCUUUAAGCCACAAGACUACCAAGUCCGGUGGUCAUUUAUCUAUAGUUGGUAAAUGUUGUGGAAGAUCUCUUCAAGACAUAGUGGGGAUUUCUACAAACACUUACCGAAACACAGGUCCUCUCGGCCCUUUCACAGGAUAUGCGACCAUUUUAAAGGCUUCAAGGUUCUUGAAGCCCGCACAGCAGCUAUUGGAUGAAUUCUGCGGCAUAAGCGGUUCAAAACUCGUCAAAACAUGUGAGGUGUCUGAGAGGACGUCUGGAGAAGUUAGCACUUCAGGAGGUGAUGCUUUAAAUGCAGCCGAAACUGAGGUUGUUGCGAUUGGUAAUAGUUCAGCUGCCUCCUCCUCCUCCACAUUUUAUACUUGUAACGAAAUGAGUUGUGAUGGUGGAGUUGGAAGUAGCUCUUCUGAAUCUUUUCGCCCCGAGUUCCAACAAAAGAAAGCAAAGCUCUUAUAUAUCCAGGAGGAGGUUUGCAGAAGGUAUAAGCAAUAUCAUGGGCAAAUGCAGAUGGUGGUUUCAUCAUUUGAAUCAGUGGCAGGUCUAAGUUGUGCGACCCCUUACAUCUCCUUGGCUCUCAAAUCGGUCUCUAGGCAUUUUCGGUGCCUAAAGAAUGCCAUCUCAGAGCAGCUUAAGCAUAUAGGAAAAGCCUUGGGGGAGGAUUUGUCAUCGCCCACUAGUGGUACAAGCACUAGUAAAGGCGAUGCAAAUAUGCUGAGGCUAAAGCACUUGGACCAGAGCUUGCAAAGGCAAAGAUAUGGUGGUGGGGGCAAUGUGGGCUUCCUUGACACCCAACAACACGUCUGGAGGCCCCAGAGAGGCCUACCAGAACGUUCUGUGGCUAUUCUUAGAGCUUGGCUAUUUGAGCAUUUUCUUCACCCGUACCCCACGGACACAGAUAAGCACAUGUUAGCCACUCAAACGGGUCUAUCUCGAAACCAGGUGUCAAAUUGGUUCAUAAAUGCCCGAGUGCGCGUGUGGAAGCCAAUGGUUGAAGAAAUACACAUGCUGGAAACCAAAGGCGUGGCCGAACCCAUCAAGAAUGAUGGAAGCUCUGCCGCUGAAGGUAGUAGCCAACUUUCCCAGAGUCUAAGCAUAAAUAAGCGAUUGGAAUGCUCCUCAGAAGAGUGGAAUCAAGAGAAGCGUUCGAGAAUGGAUUGUGAGAUAGGAAGAAACAUGGAUGGGUCGUUGAUGGGUUUUUUGCCAUACCAGCCAAGUGGAGCUGUGUCCCUUACCUUGGGUCUCAGGCAUGGUGCAGAAAAUGUACAGCAUCAGCAGCAGCAGUUGCAGCAGCAGCAGGAGGAUCAGCUUAGGCAGCAAUUUGGAGGGCGGAUGAUUCAUGAUUUUGUUGGGUGAAUUUUAUAUAUAUAUAUAUAUUAUUAAUAUUAUUAAGCUGAAGUGAAUGAGGCAAGGAGUACUAGCUCCAUUAAUCUGCCGCCAUUUAUGAUGCAUUGGCGAGGGAGAUUGCUUAGCAACAAAUAGAUGGGGUUUCACAAACAGAUUAUUUCCUAAGGAAGGCAUCCAUUGUCAGAAGAUCCUGCAUAGAGAUGCGUGAUGGUGAGACCAUUCAUCUUUUAGUGGGCUUGAAUCACCUGAUGUCAUCAUAUUUGUAAUCUUUUAACAUCAUUAUAUUUGCAAUCUUUAACACAAGGAAACCCUCACCCCUUUGGUGGGUGCUAAUAUUCCGUAA